AUGAGAGAAGCAAAUAUGGAAAUCCAAGAAAUAACUGAGAGGAUAGAUAAUAUAAUUGCAACUGCAAACGAUGAUUUACACAAUAAAAGAAAAGAUGAAUUUGUGGAUGAUGAAUAUGCAUAUAGUUUAUGUGAUAACUACAAAAGUAAAAAAACGCGAAACGUUGUUAUAUAUUUGUUAAAUAAAGAUAUUAAUAUAUUAUAUUUCGAGGACGAAUAUAAAAAUAUUAUAUUAAUUAAUUUCCUAAGAUGGUGUCAAUUAAACAAUUUAAAUGUCAAAAAAUAUCAUGAUAUAUUUUUAAAACAUGAAAUUUUUUUAUUAAUACAAAAUAAUGAAACAUAUUUAAACUUUUUUUUAAAACCAAUAAUUAAUAAUGAUAGAUUAUUGUGGGAUAUAAAUACUGAUAUUUUUAAAAAUUUUAAUCUACAGUUUGAUUUAGUUUCUCAAGGACAAAAUGAAACAAAUGACAGCAUCAGUACUAUUUAUAACAAUACACACCUUGUUUAUGACCAAAGUUUAAAGUUAAAACUUAACGAAUUUAUAGUUAACUCUUCAGACGACGAUUCUUAUUUUUCUAGUGAUGACACCAAUUCAGUUUAUGCUUAUUCAGAUAAAUGUGAAUCUCUUGAUUCUGAUGUUAUCCUUGACGAUUAUAAUAAAAACAAAAAUCUUGGUUUAAAAUCAAUCUCUAUGAAUGAUUACAACAAUGUCGAUACAAAAAAUGAAGUAAAUAUUACUACACCAUUGUCAGACAAGUUAAACACAAUCGGUAAUGGCAUUGCUAAUAAUAGUGAAGAAGGAAAUAAAAAUAUAUCGUCCAAUUUUUUUAUUGAUUCAAAUAAUAUACAAAAUUCCAAUUUUUCUGCAAUGAAAAAAAAUGCUAAUAAAAUAAAAAAGGGUAUAUUAUCAAGUAUGAGUAAUAUUAAUAUUAAUCAUUUAAUAAAUACAAUUGUAAACAAAGAUGAUGAUGAAAUAUUUGAUAAUAUAUAUAACGAAACAAAUGAUACAAAUGAACUAGUAAACAAAUUUGUAAGCACAUUUGAGAAUAAAAACGAACAAGUAAAGAGCUUAUACAAAAAAAUUAAUAGUAUGGAAAAAAUUAUAAAGCAUUUAAUUAAUGAAAUUAUUAAAAGAGAUAUAAUAAUAAGUAGAGAACAAAGUAUAGAAACCAAAAAUGAACACAUAGAAGAUAAUAGAAUAUCUAAUAAAAAUAUAGUGGAUAAUACAGAAUAUUAUGGUAUCAACAAAAUUAUGGAAAAUAAUAAUACGAAAGUAGGACAAAAAAAUAAUAGUUCUCGUAAUUAUAAUUCUAGCGACGAAGAUUACGAAAUGUGUUCAAAUGUUGCGAACAAUCCAGAAAGCAACGACGAAAAUAAGAAUGAAAACAAUAAUAAUGAUAAAACGAAGAACACAGACGAUUACUAUUUCGAUAGUUAUAACCACACGAGUAUACACAGAACUAUGAUUCUUGAUAAAGUUCGAACAAAUAGUUAUUAUGAAUUUAUAACUAAAAAUAAAGAAAUAUUUAAAGAUAAAAUCGUUUUAGAUAUAGGAUGUGGUUCUUCUAUCAUUUCUUUAUUUUGCUCUGAUUAUGCUAAGAUAGUUGUUGGUAUAGAUAAUGCAGAGAAAAUAUUAAAUAAAGCUAGGAAAAUAAUAAAAACCAAUAAUGCUAAAAAUAUAUAUUUAUUUCAGGGGAAAUUAGAAGAUCAUGAUAUAUAUAUUGACCAGGAGGAAAAAAAUAUAUAUUAUAUAAAUAAAAGUGAAAAUAUCGAAAAUUAUAAAAAAACAAAUAAUAUAACUAGCGAAUUAAAAAUAUUAAAAUUUGAUAUUAUUAUUUCAGAAUGGAUGGGAUACUUUUUAUUUUAUGAAUGUAUGAUAAAUACUAUAAUAUAUGCUAAAUAUAUGUAUUUAAAAAAGGAUGGUUAUAUUUUCCCAAACAUUGUACAUUUAUAUUUAGUGGGGUAUAAUGAUUCAGAUUAUAUAAAUAAUAAUUUUUUAAUAUGGGAUAAACCUAUGUAUAACAAAAACUUUUCACAACUUAAACCAAAUAGUAAACAAUUUGUACAAACUGCUAAAAUCGUAAAUGCUGAUAAAAACAAUAUAUCUACUGAUAUAGUUAAGUUUGCAACUAUAAACAUGUACACAUUUGAUAAAAACGAUCAUUUAUAUGUUAAUUCAAAUUUUAAAAUAAAAAUUAAUCCUGAUAAAAUAGUAACGACAUUAUGUUUUUAUUUUGAUUGCGAGUUUCAUUUGUUUUCAUAUAACGAAAGCAUGAAAAGUUCAUAUGAAACAAAUAAUAUAAACAAAUCAAGUAAUGUUGUUACAUUAUCAACAAGUAUUUUAUCUGAAAAAACACAUUGGAAACAAACGCUUUUACAUAUAUAUUUUCCAAAUUACAAUAUUGCAAAUAUUGUAGCUAAUAAUAACAAUGAUGAUAAUUACUUAUCGGGGAAUAUAUACAUAUCACAAACAAGCAAAAAAUCAAGAAAUGUAAACAUACUGUUGGAUAUAGAUAAAAAUAAAAAUAUAAACGUGAACGAAUCGUGUAAUUGUUAUUAUUCAAUAGACUAG